CGGUCAUCUUGCGCACUCUUCACAUGGAACCCGCAGUCUGCAGAGAAAGGAGCGCAAAUUGAAGCCUCUUUUCUCCAAUUAUCUUUAGAUAAGUGCAGUUUGCGCCACUUUCGCACAGUUUCUCUCGAUGGGACCCGAAGACUGAAGCUAGUGUGCCACAUCUCUCUAAGCUGUAGACAUGGACUGCAGCGCAUUGAAGCCUGAGUCCUCUAGAUAUUUACGCAUCGCGUUGCUGUGGAUGGUGCAAUUAGGAGCUUUGGCGCAACAAGCUCCAGAGUGUUACCCCGGAGGUCACCGGACUCUGCGUAGCCCCUAUCGCAGCGUCCACUUCGACUCCACGGAGAUCCAGGACACGGCCAUCCAGGAUCUAAUCUGCGACCACUCUCUGUCCCCGGGCUGGUACCGCUUCUGGAUCAACAACAAGCCGGCGGAGAUGCCCACCUCCUGCGUAGAGAUGAACCACUGCGGCACUCAGGCUCCGGUGUGGCUGUCGCUGAAGGACGCCCCCCUGCCGCGCCCCGGCGAGCUCCGGCAGCUCUCCGCCUGCGCCACCUGGCAGUUCUUCCACGGAAGCGCCAAGGACUGCUGCCUCUUCCGCAUCCCCGUCACCGUGCGCAACUGUGGGGAGUUCAUGGUGUACCGCCUGCAGCCCACGCAGGGGUGCAUGGGAUACUGCGCCAAAGUUACGCCAGAUUUAGGACCCCGACUCUGCCCACCAGGGGAAGUAGAAGUGAACGGCCGCUGCAGAGCCUCCGUCCCCUCGCUGCCGUCCCGGCCGCUGAUCUCCGCGGAGCUCCUCGGCCACAGCGUGCACCUCAGGUGCUCCUUCGUGCCGCCACCGUGGAGCCGGCCGCUGGGCUUCCAGGUGGUGUGGGCGCGACACAUCGGCCACAGCAUGAAGGCGGAGAUCCGGCAGGAGUCCACGCUGAAGCCCUUCUCUCUGGUGGAGAUGGACGGCGUUCACUUCAGGCUCGGAGAAACGUUCUCCUGCAGUGUGUCGACUUUCAGAGCUAACUCCAGCCAAAGCAGAUCCACUCCAAAAGAAAGUGAGGGUUUCUAUGCCGGACUGAAGUUUUCUCCAGAAUCGCUGCACAUAGUGGAGAACAGUAAAGAGCACGAGGUGACGGUGCACAGCACGGUGCCCAUCCCCUGCUUCGGCCCCGACCACGGCCACCAGUGUGGGGUCCCUCUGGCUCUGAGCGUGCAGGACCCAGACGGACACGAGUCCCCAAACGUGGCGCUGUCGGCCUGCCAGGUGGAGCUGCGGCCCAACGCCUGUAGCGGGGGCAGCUGCGGCCGAGCCACGGUUUUAAUCACCGCCGUCACCGACUUCACACGAGACGGGAACCGCCCGAGUCUGAUCAGUGUCUUCCCCGGGUCCAACGCACCCCGCCUCUGGAGAAGCUAUGUCCCAACGUCCCUGAAAGUCACGGUGCAGGACGUUCCCACUUCCAUCUGCUACUCCCUCACUGACCCUCAUGUCAUCACUCUGGAUGGCAGACGCUAUGAAAACCACCAGACCGGCACCUUCACCCUCUACCGGAGCCUCGUCAGGGAUUUCGAGGUGCACUCCCGUCAGUGGGACUGUGGCAGCAGACACUACGCCGUGGCCUGUAACUGUGGCGUUGUAGCGCGAGAGGGGAACGAUAUCGCAGUGUUCGACAUGUGCAAAGGGCAGCCGCAGGAAACCAGGCCGGAGUUAACGCUGAGAAACAUCGGGGACAGCGAGGGCAGCCGGGUCCGCGUGCUGGAGUCCCACCAGGGGAAGAAGGUCACCUUGAUCUUUCCCUCCGGGGCCUUUGUUAGGGCCGAUGUUGGCGAUUGGGGGAUGAGUCUGUCUGUCCGUGCUCCCAGCGUCGACUUCGGACACACGCAGGGCCUCUGCGGCACCUUCGACCGCAACGGACACAACGACUUCCACGGAUCAGACGGGGGCAUCUACGGCCCCGAGGACCUGCACCGAUUCAUAGAGGAAUGGAGGAUAGCUCCAGGUGAGAGUUUAUUCGACAGGACGCCUGUGGGAAAAACGCAGGAAGUGAGGCGUCCGUUCUGUCAGUGUCACAAAAGAUUCAGCGCUCCUCAUCACGGCGACAGAGGGAUCAGGAACUUGUACAAUCCCUCCGCCCACUCCGACUGCAUCACUUAUGAUGACGUGGACUACACAUCCGUGUUCCCCUCCAUGGACACGACAGUGGAGUACAUCAAGAGUCCGGAGAGGGACGAGCGCAUCCUGGACAUGUCAUCAUUCAUCAGUCUGGAGAGUAGGGGGCUGCAAGACGGAGAUGAAUCAGAGAGCGAGUUUAGGGAGGAUUUCCUGCUCAGGACAAGGAGACAUUAUGAGUUCAAACCUGUGUUCGCUGCACAGAGCCUCAGCCAGGCCGACCUGGAGAGCUUUGCCUACUUCUUCCCAGAGGAUCACUUAGAGGAGGCCCGAGAGGAGGUGCAGCCUCAGUGGCCCACGCCCAGCGGCCUCACUUCAUCUAAAGCUCUGGAGGUGUGUCAGAUGGCGCUGGGUAACUCCACAGUGGGUGCGGUGUGCCGGGGUCUGCUGGGUCGCAGGCUGGACGAGGCGGUGGAUCUGUGCAUGCUGGACCUGCAGCUGAAGGACGACCUGGGCUGGGAGAAGGCGCUGCUGCCGUACCUGGAGAACGAGUGCGAGAGGAGGCUGCUGGAGAACCGAACGCAGAGAGACUCGGAGGAGACGUCCACUGCGGAGGAGGUGGUGGCGGCUCUGCGAUGCCCCAACUUCUGCAAUGGGAACGGGGAGUGCACGGAGUGGGGCUGCCAGUGUUUCCCCAGCUUUAGCUUCUACGACUGCAGCCUGACCAUCAGCCAGCCGGUGGAGGUCACAGAUCUGGAGAACGGAGGACUUUGUGACAUCCGAGCGUUCAACUGUCGCAGCGUCCGAGUGUUCGGCCUCGGCUUCAUCGACUCCCCCGACCUCAGCUGCCACGCCACCAGACUAAAGUACAUGAACGGAGUUUGGGUUCCCAGGGAGAAACAGAGGACGAAAGCCACCUUCCUCAACUCCAAGGCGUUAGACUGUGCUGUUCCAUCUUUAAGCAUCACGGCUGUAAACACAGAAGACUUCAUGAUGGACGACAAACCGUACGCACGCUGGGAGAUUAAAGUGACGAACGACGGCUCUCAGUACAGCCAGGCUAAAGUGCUGACCAUCUACGACGGGGUGUGUCAGAUCUGCGAGGCGUCGCGCUCAGGACUCUGUAAGUUAAAGGAGAAGACGUGUAACAUCGACGGGAUGUGUUUCGCAGCGGGGGUCUCCAGCCCCAGCAGCCCCUGCCUCCUCUGUGACCCUGACACCUCCAAGUUCACCUGGUCUGUCAAUCAAGUCAACGAGCCUCCAUCUUUCCACCGGCCUCAGAGCGCCCUGCGGACGUUUUCCGGGGAGAACUUCGUCUUCCAGUUCGCAGCGUCGGACCCCGAGGGCUCGGCGCUCCUCUUCCAGCUGGAGGAGGGUCCUGGGGGGGGCGUCCUGUCCCCUGCAGGCCUCCUCAUCUGGAGGGUCCCGUCGCUCUCUGAGGAGGAGGAGGAAGAGGAGCGUCCAUCGAAGCAUUCUGUCCGCUUCACGCUGUCCGACGAGUGCAACGCCCAGAGCAGCUUCUCUGUGGAGAUCGACGUGGUGCCGUGUGGCUGUCAGAGCGGGGGAACCUGUGUGACGGACGUUAAUUUCCCAGCAGGCAGUGGGAGGUACCUGUGUGUGUGUCCUGAGGGGACGCAGGGCGACCUCUGCGAGCAGCAUGAGGACGACUGUCUGUCCGACCCGUGCGCGGCGGGCACGUGCAUCAACACAGAGACUGGGUACAGGUGUGAGUGUCCUUCAGGGGUGACAGGGGUGACAUGCCUGGAGGACAUCGAUGAGUGUGAAGAGACGCCGUGUUUCUCUGAAGUCCCGUGCUUCAACCGCUUUGGCUCCUAUAGCUGCGGCCCGUGCCCCAAAGGCAUGCUGGGAAAUGGGACGAUAUGUACAGUCCCCAACUCGCCAACAUCUGCUCCUCGUAUGACCGUCCACAGAGCUUCAGAUGUUCCGCUGCAGCCCAAAAUAAAGACAGAAACUUUCCGGAAGACCUCAAGCUUCCCGCAGACAGCGAAGACGACACAGAGGAUCAACCCAAACCCAUCACAAGACAAGACCACCUCAUGGAGAAGGCCUCCAGGAAUUGACCUGAACCCAGCGCUCAGUCAGGCGGAAACGAACACAAGCAUCUCAGCAGUCACACCAAACGUGUCCCAAACUAAAGGAGAAGCUCUGAGAAAAAGCCCAGGAAUUAAAUUAAACCCAUCCACGGCUAACAGAGACACUUUGAAGGACGUUCCAGGAAUUAAACCAGACCAAGUCGAGCCUGAUCCGCCCAGAAUCAGCAACACUAUUCCCAAAACAUCCUCUGCAGGAUCUAGUUUGUCUCCGGUUGUGAAUAUAUCGGCGACCUGUGCGAGCCGGCCGUGUUUCCCCGGCGUUCAGUGCAUCAACCGCCGGCCGCCGCACGUCGGAUACGUCUGCGGGCGCUGCCCCCCCGGACUCUACGGGAACGGACGCGUCUGCAUGAAGAACGCCAAGGCAGCGUCCAACCACCUCUCCCAGCAGCAGACGCUACGCAAGACUAUCCGAUCCCCGCAGGGAGGAAGCAGCAAGGUGUCCCAGCUCCACCUGCCCCACCUGCCCUACAGACACACCGUCAAACACCUGUCCUGGUCCGUCACCAGAGGGAGCAGAGACAACUCACUGCAGGACCCCGCUGCAGGGAGGGGGGGCGGCACCGGGAGGAGGGAGGCGGUCACUGCAGCCCCAAGAACAUCAAACCGCACAAUGCAUGUCACUGCAAAUACUCACAUCCCCCGACACAGCAUCAGGGUGUAUACCAGACCCAGCACCACAGCCUCCAGAGAGAUAAAGGGUCAACAUGUGACAACCUCAAAGUCUGUAGGAGCACUGACUGCAGCCACGUCUCCUAAGGUAACACCUCCCGCUCCACCCCUCUCCACGCAGUCCAAACAGGUAACACACCCCCAGCUCCACCACAUGGCCUCCACUCAGUCCAAACCCUGGACCCCAGCGAGACACGCCUCCCCCCUCACCGCGGCCCUCACCUCUCUGUCCUACUCCCUGUCUGAGCUGGAGUUCUCUGCUGACGGAGACGAGGCUGAGGCGAGCUUUGAGACGCUGCAGAUAAUCCCGGGACUCCCCUUAAGAACAGCGGGGAGGGCGGGGCACAGCUCCUCGCGGCUGGGGGUGAGGACGACGGCGAGCAAACAUGUGACCACCUGUGCAGACCGGCCCUGUUUUCCUGGGGUCCAAUGCCAGCCCACUGAGGAGGGGUUCCACUGUGGGAGGUGUCCUGUGGGAUACACUGGAGACGGACGCUCCUGUAGAGCUGUUUGCAGGCACACGUGUGGUAGGAACAUGGAGUGUGCUGCUCCGAACACCUGCCGCUGCAAACCAGGCUACACCGGAUCAGACUGUCAGACAGCCAUCUGUGAGCCGCGGUGUUUGAACGGAGGUGUGUGUGUUGCUCCGGACGUGUGUCAGUGUCUCACAGGGUUUCAUGGAGAAACCUGUCAGGAAGCUCUGUGCAGGUCUCCCUGUGAGAACGGAGGCUCCUGUGUGGGGCUGCAGACCUGCUCCUGUCCCUAUGGGUUUGUGGGACCUCGCUGUGAGACCAUGGUGUGCAGCCGUCACUGUCACAACGGAGGCCGGUGUGCGUCUCCGGACAAGUGUGUGUGUCCGGCAGGCUGGACCGGGCUCUCCUGUGAGACUGCUCUCUGCUCUCCCAUGUGUCUCAACGGAGGAGUGUGUGUCCGUCCGAAUGUCUGCGAGUGUCCUCACGGAUCCUACGGUGCACAGUGUCAGAACGCUGUGUGCAGUCCUCCCUGUAAGAAUGGAGCUGUGUGUAUCAGGAACAACGUGUGCUCCUGUCUGAAGGGAUACACCGGGAAGCAAUGCGAAAAAAGUGUGUGUGAGCCGGUGUGUAUGAACGGAGGCAGGUGUGUGGGUCCAGAUCUUUGCGAUUGUCCGUCAGGUUGGCGUGGAACCAGAUGUGAUAAACCCAGCUGUCUGCAGAGGUGUCUGAACGGGGGAGAGUGUGUAGGCUCAAACACCUGCCACUGCACCCGAGGGUGGCAGGGCAUGCUGUGCCAGAUCCCCAUCUGUGAAUCCAAAUGUCUCUACGGCAGUCGCUGCGUCCGGCCAAACGUCUGCGCCUGCAGGAGCGGAUUCACCGGCUCCCUUUGCUCCAGAAGGCUUCCUGUUUCCAGAGGUUGACCGAAUGACAAGCAUCAAGAAUGAAACAGGAGUUCAACGAGCACAUAUCAAAUCUUCAGGAGAAACGAAGAAACGAUGAGGAAAAACCAAAGUGUUUCCUCACUGGGAAAGAAAGCAGAGUCACUUUCAGUCCUCCUGCUCCAGGCUAACGAGGCGCUGACUAGAGAUCAGCAGACAGGAGAUUAUUACCUGGAUUUGACUAUUAGCGUAAUAAAAAAGUGUAAAACAUGCACCCUUUUCUUUUUAAGACCACACUACAGGCUU